AUGGAUGACGGUCUUCAAACAUUUCGUUUACUUGAUUUACCAAUCGAAGUUCAAAUUCAUUUAAUUCAUAUCAUCGUUCAAAUCUCAAUCGAUCAAUCUCAUCCAGUACCAGUACCAGAAUCAGAUGAAGAUGAGAUCGAAGAAGAAGGUCCUAAACCUAUCAAUUGGUCAACCCUCAUCAACUUGGCUUUAACUUGUCAUUCACUUCAUGAUCUAUGUUGUCCUUUUUACUUACGUCGACUGGUUAUCUCAAGUGGUCCAAGUCGUCUUGGUUUUUCAGUUCCAUCGGAUAGAGAUGAUAUUCGAUCUUUACUCGAUAUCACUCAAAACCAUCUCCUGCUUCGUGCUUCAACGCUUCGUCAUGUGACAACUAUCUUCUAUAAUGGUACUACUCGGAUGAGGUUAUCACAUCCUCUGCCUACUUAUGCUCUCGAGAUCAGUCAUCAACUCUUCAAUGCUACUCCAAAGUUAAGAUCUCUAUGCCUAAGUAGUCUUCCAACUUCAACCGUGAUCUGUUUUCUACGUCAUCCAUUACCAACACUCGAAGCUCUAGCAUUAAGUUAUAUUACCUUUUAUGACGAAAUCAAUCCAGAAGAAUUUCCAUGUUUAAAACGUUUAAAAGCAUUAAAAAUUCAAGAAUGUUCUCCUCAUUGGUUACCCAUCGUCACUCAAACUGAAAAACUUUUACAUCUUUGUGUUUGGAUGCCAGUACAUCAGAUUAGAGAUUUGAAUUGGUUUAUUCCAGAAGUGAUCUUACCUAAUCUUAGGUAUUUGAACUUGGAUGGAUUUAGAGAUCAUCCUAAGAUCCUUGCUCGACUUUGUGAUCUGAUCAGAACAUAUAGAUUAGAAGGUGGUAAGUUUGUGAUUGAGGAACUUGAUCUAGAAGCUCGCUUUACUGCUAGGCUAGUCGAUAAAGUCCUUUCGGCAGUAGAAGGAUAUGAAGGAUUGAAAUCUCUUGCUAUCAGUUGUGUGGUAGGAAGAGAUAUGAAUCCUGAUCUGUUUGACGCUAUCGGACGAGCUGGUAUAGGACCAGGACUGGAGCGGUUAUUAGUCAUGGUGGAUGGUUACGAGGGGAAGCGAUGGCCAGGAAACUUGGCACAUUAUGCAGCCAGACUAAGUCGAUUUACUCGACUAAGAUCAUUUGCAUUUAAUCAUGUAGAUAAUCCAGGACCGAUGGAAUUAGAAGCCGAAGAAGAUGGUGAAUUAGUCAUCAUAGAUCAUUCUAGAUCGAUUUCUCCUAAUUUUGAACAUCAUGCUUCGAUUCUAUUUGGAGCAAUAGAUAAUUUAAAAUCAGUUAUCUUGGUUAAAUCACUUUGGGCUAAUCGAGCAGAUGGAUCAGAAGCAUCUAGAUUAUCUAAACAUCAAGAAAUUCAAAUUCAAAACCAAUUAGAUUUAAGAGACACUUUGAUUCCUUUUGAACCUAGAUGGACAGAUUGA